AUGCGAAACACCACCUGCCACCUCCCCAAUGGCCUCACCUUCAACGUAUCGCCUGUCUUUGGUGGGGUCGCCUUUAAGUCGGCCGACUUCACCGUACAGCACAACUACACCUUCCCUCCCGGCUGGACGAUUAUGAUAAAUACUGCGAAGCCUCGCAAAUCAAAGGAACAGACAGACCAGCCAGACUCCGAGAAUCCGUGCGACGAUGGCGGCAGUGUCACUCGUUUCACCACUCCCACCUUGACCCGCGACUCCCUCUACAUCUCUUACAUAGUCAACCCACCUUCGAGCGAUUUCAAGCCCGUAGCCUCGCCCACACGUCUGAUCGCCAUGAUGCUCUGGGCAACGUUGUGGUGGUACUUCCAUGAGCCAGAGCCAGACCUGCACCUCGAAACCGCCGCCUCAAGCAAGACCCCCCGCGACGGACGACCGAAAGGCGAAUGGCGGAUAAACGUUAAGCGCGAGGGAAUAUUCAAAGGCCGGAACCUGCUCCAGAAGCUCGAGCGCAUGGGUCUCCUGGCGACCGAAGAUUCCUCCGUCGGCCUGCAGCCAAUCGAAACCCGCGACUCAAGCAGCUGGUCGACGAUGUUUGUAAGCCGACGCAGCUUCUGGCAGCUGGAUCCGCGACUGUUCCUGUUCACACUCACACCUCGCGCAAACCCAUCUCCAUCACCGUUUGUGUCCCGGGAUGCUUCGCCGACGCGCGACGGCCUGCCCUCCGCCACGACGCUCAAGCUGGCGCCCAUGGAAGCAACCUUCCACACGGCGAACAUGGGCCCGUUCACAUCCGUGGGACCUUUCACCUCAGGGAGUCAUUUGCCAACGUACUUCCCGCCCCCGCCAACUCAGUAUAUCUUCACGAACGGGGUGCGGCAUCCCGUGCGCCCGAAGGCGCCGCACCAGGGCGAGGUAUUUUACGUCCGGUACAUCCCCAGCUUGAGUCAGUAUCUGUCUUUCCGGGUCCCAUUUGCGCCGAUGGCGGCCUCGACCUCACAGUCACAACCCGGUAGCGGCAGUCGACCGGGGACACCGGUGACGUCAUCCGUUACCAGCAUAGAGCAGCAUCUCACGGAGAACAUCUGCUCGGACUUGGACACGCUGCAUCGGUGGAUGAACGUGCCGCGAGUGGAAGCAAUGUGGUCCGAAGGCGGGCCGAAAUCCGUACAGGAGAAGUUCCUGCUCGCGAAUCUGACUAGCCGACACAGCUUCCCUGUGAUUGGAUGCUGGGAUGGGAAGCCGUUCGGGUAUUUCGAGAUCUACUGGGUGAAAGAGGAUCCACUAGGCCGACUUCUGGACCACGUUGGCAACUACGAUCGGGGAAUCCAUCUGCUUAUCGGGGAACAGGAGUUCCGCGGUGCGCACCGGGUUGCGGUUUGGUUGAGUGCGCUGGUGCACCAUUGCUUUUUGGCGGAUAUGCGAACUGAAUCUGUGGUUCUGGAGCCGAGGAUUGAUAAUAUCAAACUGAUUAAUUACCUCCAAGAAGCGGGCUUCUAUAAGGAAGGCGAGGUCAGCUUCCCGCAUAAGCACUCGGCUAUUAUGCGGAUCAAGCGUGACUACUGGGAAAGCCCGGUUCUAUAG